ACCCUGUCCUUGCAGGGGGUAGGGUGGGGUGGGAGGAAGGUCUGUGGUCUCCCUCAGAGACAGCAGAAAGGGGCAUGCUCCCAAGCAAGAUCAGCUGAUCCUGAAUAAACACACUUGGGACCAGCCACAGAUGCCCAGGCUGUCCCCAGGGAGCACGCAGACCUCGAGGAGACCCUAGCCUCCUGCCCGGCUGUUUCCAGAGCCCUGAGCCAGGUGUGUUCAGAUCACUACAACACGAUGGACCACACACCCCUCAUCUGUGACUAUGGUUCUGGCUUCAGUAAGGUGGGCUUUGUAGGAACCGAGGCCCCUCUGGCUGUCUUCCCCACCAUCAUUGGGAAACUGAAACAUAACAACCUGCUGGUAGGGGUGGAGGAAGAAGACUGUUUCAUUGGAAGUGAGGCCCUGAAUAAUCUAAAACAACUGAACCUAAACUAUCCUAUCACCCGGGGAACCAUCACCAACUGGGACAAUAUGGAGAAGAUUUGGCAUCACUCCUUCUACCAUGUCCUCCACAUCGCCCCUGAGCAGCACCCUGUAAUGAUAACAGAGCCACCAUUAAAUAGAGCAGACGUUAAAUCAAGAAUUACUCAGAUCCUAUUUGAAACCUUCAACGUCCCUGCCAUGUACAUGGCUAAUCAAGGGGUCCUCUCCAUGUACGCUGCUGGCAGAAUCUCAGGAACGACUAUUGAAUCUGGAGAAGGGAUGACAUACAUCGUGCCUAUCAUUAAUGGCUAUCCCCUGCAACUGUCGACCGCCAAGCUGGACGUAGCUGGCCAAGACCUGACUGUGUACCUCCUGAAACUGCUGUCAGACAGUGGGAACUUGUUAGUGAGCACAGCUGACCGUGAGUACAUCCGGAACCUGAAAGAGAAACACAGCUAUGUGGCACUGGACUAUGAUAUGGAAAUGUCAAAAACUGCAGCACCCUCUUUCCAGAAAAAAUUCCAGUUGCCUGAUGGCAAAGAGGUCAAUCUGGGGCAGGAGGCUUUCAUGUGCUCAGAGGCGCUCUUCAACACCAGCCUCACAGGGAGUACCAACCCUGGGAUCCACAUGCAGGCCCAGCAGAGCAUCACAUCCUGUGACCACUCCCACUGGAAGACUCUUUUUGGUCAUAUCAUGCUGUCUGGCGGCACUGGUGCCUGCUCAGGUCUACAAUUCCGGCUGCAGAGAGAGAUAUCAAAACUGGUCUCUCCAGACCUCUGUGUGAAGGUGGCCACCUCUCCAUAUGCCAAGUGUGGUGCCUGGGUAGGUGCCUCCAUCUUGUGCUCUCUCCCUAUGUUCAAGGACAUGUGGGUCACAAGUCAUGAAUAUAGGGAAAUUGGCCCUUCCGUCAUGUGUAGAAGAAACCUCUGACUGGUGGCUUUCAGGUUCCAUCACCUAGGCCAACAUUACCAUGUCCAGACUGAGCCUCAGCCUUAUGCAGUAGGUCACAGUUAGAACAAGAUUACAGCAAAGCCCCCUUUUUCCUGGAAGACAGUAAAAGUGUGCAACAGGGCUAA